GACCAUGCACAUCCACCGAUACACCCGGUUCGCUGUGGCGAGCGUGGCCAAUUCAAUGACGAGUCGUGGCGCGUUUACGAGCUCAUCACCCGACACUUUUUGGCAUGUUGUGCCCCCGACGCGCGAGGGAACCGAACAGAGGUGGAAAUAUCGAUCGCAGAAGAAGAGUUUGCAACCUCCGGAGAUAUAGUGCUUGACCGCGGCUGGUUGGAUGUUUAUCCUUACUCGAAUUGGGUCAACGACCCGCUCCCUCAGUUUCGAAACCAGGAGGUGGUGGCCUUCUCGUUGUUGGAGAUGGCGGAAUCCAGGACUCAGCCGCCUCCGCUGCUCAGCGAGGCAGACCUGAUUUCCCUGAUGGAUCGUGAGAAAAUAGGGACGGACGCAACGAUGCAUGACCACAUUCAGAAGAUACAAACCCGGACCUACGCCGUGAAGAACGCAGAUGGCCGGCUUGAGCCUUCGAGGCUAGGACUCGCCCUGGUUCAGGGCUACCAAAGGUUUGCGGCGGAAGAAGGCAUGGACCUGUCCAAGCCGAUCCUGCGAGCUCGCAUGGAGCGUGGGAUGGAAGCAGUGGCCGCAGGCCGACAAAGGAAGGAAGACUUCCUACAUGAGGCCUUGGACAUAGCUCAGCGAUGCUAUGCUGCUCUGGAGCGCAACGCCCCGGCCUUGGACCAUACACUCGGCCAGCACUUCUCGAGUCAACUGGACGUGGGACGACGUGCGCAAGUGGUGCAGGCGGCCUUUUCCAUGUGUCGCUGUGGUGCGAGCAUGGAGCUGCGCCGCCAUAUGCCGGGAGGUCCUCCUGGUGGCGGAGCAGUGCGUGGGCGAGCUCGGGGUCGCGGGCGAGCUGGGAGGGCAGGGCGAGGGCGAGGGCGAGCGCGAGCUGUCCGUGGUCGUGGGCCCGUACAGAGGGGCCGAGCUGCCGUGUCUCGACAAGAGCUCUUCCUCGUUUGUCCUAACGGCGCUUGCGGUGUCGUCCUGCGCCUCAGCUUGCGCAGUGACCAGACCCCUACAGCCUAUGGACACAUGUGCCCAAUCUGCGACUUCCAAGUCCUGAACAUUAAGAACGAGGAGACGCAGCGCAACCAUCAGCUGUGUCCUCACUGCUUCAACUAUGUCCCGCAAGUUGCAGACUUGCAGCAGGACGUCGAGCUCCAGCUGGAGCUGGAGGUGCUGCUGCGGCUGCUGCAGUCAUCGCUGCGGCUUUUUGAGUGCCGCUUGAUCGUGGUAUGGAGUCUCUGGUACGGACAUCGCGGUGAACACCAACACCUUCCCGUCCAAGAAUUCGGUUCGUAUGUGUCUAGCGAUGAAGCCAAGCUGUGCUGCUGA